GGGCGCACCAGGAGUCGAGCUCCAGGCCUGGAACCACGCGUGGGAAGGAGAGCAUAGGGUCGAAGGCCAGGGCGCGCUCCCGGGCCGGAGGGGGCGCGCCAGGGAGGCGGCUCCAUCCGCCCGGACCCCGCCCCAGGCGGCAGCGUGCGGCUCGCUGGAGGGCGCGCCGGGCUGGGGGCGUGGCCGCGGCGCCCCGAGGGGGCGUCCUCCGGGCGGGGCGGGACGUGGCCGCCCCCGCGGGCUCCGGUGCGUCAGGGCGCGUCAGGCGGGGCGGGGCGGGUUGAGCGCGGGCGGCGGCGGCGGCGGCGCGCACCGGCCUCCUCCUCCUCCUCCCGCACUCGAGCAGCCGCCGCCGGCCGGACGGGCACCGCUCCCGCCACCUCUGCUCGGUCCGCGCCGCGCGCCCUUUUCCGGCAUGUCGGCGGCGGUAGCUUGCGUAGAUUACUUCGCAGCCGACGUGCUCAUGGCCAUCUCCUCGGGCGCCGUGGUGCACCGCGGGCGGCCGGGCCCCGAGGGCGCGGGCCCCGCCGCCGGCCUGGAUGUGCGCGCGCCGCGCCGCGAGGCCGCCCCGCCCGGGCCCCCGGGGCCGCCAACGCCGCCCUCCCGGGCUGCCCCCGGCUCGGGCCCUGGAGCUGCCGCCGCGCCCCACCUGCUGGCUGCCAGUAUCCUGGCCGACCUGCGAGGCGGGUCCACGGCGGCCCCGGGGGGCGCCUCGCCCGCCUCCUCCUCCUCGGCCGCUUCGUCCCCGUCCUCCGGCCGCGCCCCCGGCGCCGCGCCCGCCGCCGCCAAGAGCCACCGCUGUCCCUUCCCGGGCUGCGCCAAAGCGUACUACAAGUCCUCGCACCUCAAAUCGCACCUGCGAACGCACACAGGUGAGCGCCCCUUUGCCUGCGACUGGCCGGGCUGUGACAAGAAGUUUGCGCGCUCCGACGAGCUGGCCCGCCACCACCGGACGCACACAGGGGAGAAGCGCUUCCCCUGCCCGCUCUGCUCCAAACGCUUCACCCGCAGCGACCACCUUACCAAGCACGCACGCCGCCACCCUGGCUUCCGCCCAGAACUGCUCCGACGCCCAGGCGCCCGCAGUACCUCACCCAGCGACUCCCUGCCCUGCAGCCUGGCUGGCAGCCCCGCACCCAGCCCAGCACCCAGCCCAGCCCCUGCCGGCCUGUAGGGCCCAUCCAGCCCACCCGGAUCUCACCCCACCCAGAGCACCAGCAACAUGCCUGUUGUCCAGGCACCCUUCCAGCGUUCCCCUGAGGGCCCUGAGGCCUCUGAUCCCCUCAAGAAAGCAAGGAGGGGGCCUGAGACUAGACUGGGCUCAGCUGGACCUUUUGGAUAUGCCCCCCCGUGGGUGGCUGGGGCCCGUGUUUGUAAAUAGCCACGACCUAUAAUUCUUCCCAUCUGCUAAACUGGGACCCCAGGUGGGUGGCUGGCAGGUGCUCCUCUCUCCCCUUUGCCACUUCCCUGCUUUGGGGCGGGGGAUAUGUGUGUGGAGGGGGUCAGGAAAGGUACCCCCUGCCCAGUGCUUGGAAUCAGCCCCAGGCCCCUCUCUAGAUUGGGAAGAAGUGAGCAAAGAGCCAUAGAGGAUCCAGGGGUGACCGAGGGCCCACCCGCCUGGGGCUCCUCACCCCGUGGAAAGCCAUUGGAGAUGUUCAGGGAAAUGGGGUGCGGCCCAGCCGUCCCCCACUCGGGUAUUCGAUCUCAGGUGUUAACAGGUUCUGCCCCACUGCCCACGGGAGGCAGGUGGGCAGGGGGAGGGGGAGGGUAACCAUAGGGUCCAGGUUUUGCUUCUGAGAUGGGGGAGGGUGGGAGAGGAGCAGGGUUCUUCCAAAGAGCAUUUGCCUCACUUUGGGGGGAUGUGGAUAUGGGGAUGGAGUGAGUGCUGGCUUAUUUAUUUUCUUGUCUCUGCUGGCUGGGGUGCUGCCUGCCCCCCUGGGUGGGUGUGGUGUGUUAGUGUAAGUGAGAAGCUGGUGCCGCAGCUACUCCCUGCUCCCAACGUUGGCCUUCCACAGCAUCACGUGACAAUCAUUCCCUCCCUUUUAGGGACCAGACAGCCACUGGGCUAAAUGCACCCCUCCCCACCCUGCAGGUGGAGGUGGGAGCCCUGGCUCCAUCCUGCCCCUUGCUGCAUGUCCCCCCGGGCUGCCAGGCCUGGACCAGUGGUUGAGUUGCCGCCCACAAGGAUAGGAGGCAGGAGGACUGGCCCAGAACCCCCUGGGAAGAGCUGGGUUUGUGUGUGUGUGUUUGGACCGGGUAGAAUAUUUUUUCAGGCACCAAUCUCUUUUUUGAUCAGGGCCACUGUGGGUGGUCUAUCGUCCUCAGGAGAAGGAGGUGAGGGGAGUGUCGUUGUGACCUAAACUUAGGGUGGAGAGGGGUGGAUGCCAUGUCCUCUGGCAGAGCCGGUGAGAUUUCCUUUUGGACCAAGGGACUGAGGAUCCAGCCCCCCUGCUCUGGCGUGGGAAGGGACCCAGGCUCCCUGCCCCCAGACCCUAAAAGGGCUUGUCUGCCCCCCCUCCCAUCCCCCAUUGGCUGCAGGAGGUUUGUGGCAUCUGCAUUUGUUCCAGAGCCUUCCUCGUGGCCCGACUGGGGGCUGGGGGGUUGGAUGGCACUGUUGUGGACCUGGACCCUCAGCCUGGCAGGAUCCAGGGCUGGGUGCCUCAGGUCCUGUUGGAGCUGGGCUGGGGAGGGUCUGCCUGCAGGUUCAGCCCAGGGGCAGAUCCUUGCAGAGUUGGCCCAUCUGCCCGCAGUCCUUCUCUCCCAGAGGGGAAUGCCCUUGUCCUUGAGGGCAGAGGGGUGUGUGUCCCAUUCACCUUUGUGUCUGUGUGGAUGUCCCCUAGAUGUCCCAGGCCUGGCCGUGCCUGUCCACAGUGGGCUUCGGGGCCCAGGAAGCUGAGAGCUCUCAUGUCUGGCCCUGUUCAGGGGCCUGAAGAGACCCAGGCCCCCCUCCUCCAAUGGGCCAGAGGUAGCUGUGGCCUUUCACGGGGGGAUGGGGGGUAGGGGGUCGCAUCCCUAGGGACUCGUGCUUUCUCUGGUGGCACCCCUCUCCCUUGCCCUGCCUGCCCUUAUCCUUGUAUUUAAUUAAAUAAGCCCUUUUUUAAACCCA